UCGGCGACUUAUCUUCGAGCGAGGAAGCGGCCGCCGACGUUACAGCUGCCAACUCGCGAUCCUCUAGUCUGAAUGGCCGCGAGACCAAAGAAGCAGGCGGCGCGUUCAGUGUGCUCCAGCGUCCUCUCUGUGUCUGUCUCGCGGAGCGCGAGCUGCUGUUGUUGAUGUGUCGCUCGGGUCGCCUGCAGCAGUCGACCGCGGCGGCGCAACAUCGAGGCAUGCGACGUUUCGCCAGAAGGCGCCGCACCCUGGCCGCCUUCACCGCCAUCAUGGGCCGACUCGGCAGGGCGGCCGCUCACACGUCCUCGUCCGUGGCCGGCAACCAUCAUCACAGCGCUGUCGGCACCGCUGCCAGCAGCAUGCGGGCCGCCUUCAAGGUGCAUUACCGCAGACUCGUGGAGGAGCCGAGCCCGACCAAGAAGCAGCGCCGUGGUGACGAGCACGACGACCAGCACCAAGCUAAGAGUGCCAAGAUCGGCGCCGGCCAGCAGCAGCGCCAGCAACAGCAGCAGCAGCAGCUCGUCGGCGUACAGAUGCCCGACUACAUGUCGUAUUGCUGCUGCAGGUGCGGGCACACGCAGAAGCUCAAAGCGGAGGAACUGAACACGAUAGUCGGCAAUGCCUUUCGUAUGGCGUACGUGGCACAGCUGCAACGCCAGCCGAUCCUCCACGAUGUAAUUAGCUCCAAGUCCACAGCGCACUUCCGCAAGGACAAGCAGCAGCAGCAGCAGCAGCAGCAGCAGCAGCAGCAGGCACAGCAGCAGCAGCAGCACCAGGACAACAACCGCAGCGUUUGGAGCAAAUCGCUGAGCGACGCAGCGAACAACAAUAACAACAACAAUAACAAUACCAACAACAACAACAACAACAGCAGCAGCGGCGGUGGCGGCGGCGGCGGCGGUGACAACAGCGUUCUGACGGUGGGCAGCAAGAGCAACGCGACUAGCAGUAGCGUGAGCAGCAGGUCGAACGCGACGACGACCGGCAGCAGCAGCAGCAACAGUAACAGCGGCGACGACGACGAGCGCAGCAGCGCUGCCAGUCCCACCGGUGACAUGAAUCUCAGCGCCAGUUGCUCGCCCACGCUUCGGCUGUCCAGCGUCAAGACACCGAACUCGAUACCGGGACUGCGGCCGUCGCACAACUUUAGCCCGCUCGACGGAUGCAACAACGCUGCCCAGCAGCAGCAGCAGCAGCAGCAGCAGCAACAGUCGCAGCCGCAGUCGCAGCAGUCGCAGAAGAGCUGCUCGCAGCAAAGCACACCCAGCAGCGACGAGAGCAACUCGCCCACGGAGCUCAACUCGUACAAACGGCUGGCCGACAAGCCGCCGCUCAUCAAGCGACUCGCCAUGGGACUCACCGGUGGCCGCGACGUGCUGGGCUUGAACGUGGCCGGCGAGGACGACAGCUGCCCGCUGGUGAGCGGCGGCAGCACGCCCCUCUCGCCGACGACGACGAGGCCGUACUCGGGCGGAUAUAUCAACGAGGCGAUCAUCGAUUCCGAGCCGACUAUCGCGUCUACCACCAGCGCCAUCACCACCACCACCACCACCACGACCACCACCACGAGGUCGGCGCACUACGGCAAACUACUGCCAGCCACCGAGCACCUCGACAACACCAUCAAUUCGUCGAUCAACGCCAAGAAUUUCAAUGUCGAGAACAAUAGGUUGGCGCAAAGCUCCACGGAGGCGGAUUUCAAGACGAAGCGACGGUCGCAGCUGAGCACGUCGAGCAGCUCGGCAGCGCCAGCUGACGGGAGCACCUUGGGCUCGACACCCACGCCGCCGCCGCUGCCGGAACGACACGACAGCCUCAGCUUUCGCAACGAGGAGGCGGAACUCAGGCGGGCUCCCUGGUUCCAAGCUGGCAUUCCUAGAGAGAUCACGCUGGAGGUGUUGAGCCAAGAGCCCGAGGGCGCGUUCAUGGUGCGCGAGAGCACGAGCAAACCCGGCUGCUAUGCGCUGUCGCUGCGAGUGCCCCGCGACUUUCAGCCGAGCGGCAUUGCUCACUACCUCAUCAUGCGCAUCGCCAAAGGAUACAAGAUCAAGGGCUUCACAAAGGAGUUUACAACGCUGACGUCGCUGAUAACGCACCACUCGGUGAUGCCGGAGCUGCUGCCAUGUCCUCUGUCGCUGAGCCGCUACAAUCCCAGCUUCGUCAAGGCAGACUCGAGCAAGGACUUUGCCGACAUCGACUCCGACCCGGACUACAAUACCCUAGCAGACUUUCGCAAAAUGAUGGCCGACUUGAAUGUCUAAAUGAAAAGCGAUUUAAUCGCGCUCGGAUAAGGCUGCAGGCGUCGCAAGUCAGUUGCCAGCAGUCUAAGCGAACCAUCGUAGGCUCUUCGCAAUGUAGCUUAUUCAUAUAGCUGGUGUCGACAACCGCCUGCUGCAUGAGCGCCCUUUCGUUCCCCCAUUGUUGUUCUUUUUCCCUUGCUGCCUGGGAGUCCGAGAAAAUGUCUAUUCAACCGUUCGCAUCCUAUCAAACAUCUCUCUGCCGUUGAAGGAUAAUUUUUGCUCUUACUUCCGGGCUGAAGCCCAGAAAGGUUGGCGUAGGAGAAUUCGUUACCGUUGAGCAGACUAUUGACGACGUCCGACUACUGUUUUUACGUUGUCCCGAUGAAUAUGAUUGUUAUUUUUCGAUCAUUCAAGACAUUGUUCAAGAUUUGUUUUCUGUUCGUGUUAUCGUCGAGUGGCGUCGUUUGACACUCGACCCAAUUUCCGCAUCAUAUUCAAAUUUAACGAACAUGUCAACGUCAGUCAUUGGUGUAGGAAACGAACCAACAAAAACAAAUUGUCACGUAUCGAUAAGGUACGGCUAACUAAACAAACAAAAAAGAUGCAAGGUGUGUUGAUAUUGUAUAUAAAUUAUGAUAACUGUUAUGCGAUGUCGAUUGUAUUUAAUUAAGAGUGAGAGAACUGAAAAACUAAAAAUAGCAGGUUGGCAACUCUUGACGAUUAUCGCUCGAGUAACCUAGUCUUGUACAGAAGUCGUGCGCUUAGAUUAUAUUUGAAUCGGGCGGCAAGUAUGAAAAUCCAGCCAAGUUGCUACUACUUUUGGUAUUCGGCUGAUAUUCCUAUAUAAAUUCAUAUGUUGUCCAUUCGCUUACCUGAAAACAGUAGAACUUCUGGCUUCUCAGACGCGCCCGACAACAAAAAUUACGUUAGACAAAAACGAAGAGAGCAAAAAAAAUAUCAUAAAUAAUAUCCAUAGAUACACGCAGUUUAAGCUUGAACGUGACAACAAAUUACAUGUAUUAUCCGAGGUCUCAAAAUCCUUAGCCACUGCAGCUAUGCCGAAAAGAAAAAUGCUUAGGCCAAAGCGUUUGAGAGUCACUAUUAACUUAUCCGUUAACUUUUGCAUCAUUUAAAAAUAUUAAAUUUUUGAUUCACCAACUAUUUGAAUAAAUUUAGUUCAUGAAAAUCCAAUAAUUUAAUAAAACAAACAUUUUAUUUGGCUGACUCAAGUCACAGAACACUGUCCAGUGCACUGCCAAUUUUUUUUACUUUUAUACUAUAAGACUCGCUAAAACUAGAAAUUACUAAUGUUAAAACUGACGAAAUAGGAUACCAGUGUGUUCAGUAGUGCUGAGGUAGAGACCCCGCUAAAAACAUAAAUAGCAGUUAUACAAAAAAAUAAAAAAGCAUUAUACCACUAUCUUCUUGUACUAAAAUGUUUGCAGUACUUUGAUGAUAAAUGAAAAUCGAUAUAACACAGAAUUCGCAGAUCUACGCUAAACUGGAUAUUGAUUGCUGCUUCAGAUUUGUAACAUUCUAAAAAAUCAUUAUA